UACUUUCACUUUAAUCAAGUGAGCUUACUUAAACAGGGCAGAAGAGACGGAACAUGCUGCCUAACACAUGUAGGCUACUUGGUUAAUAGAGUUAGAGAUAAGACAGUGAUUUAAAUUAGUUUGUCGAGAAUAUACGAGUGGAAGAGAGGGAAGAAGACUUCAGUUGGAGCGAUUUCAUUUCGGAACCGGGAAAGUCCAGAGUGGGUGUAAGCAACAAGGGGGUGAGUAUUUGGAAAGUACCAGAAUUAACGGAGGAAAACUAGGACAAACAAAGGAAUGAGACGGCAUGCAUAACAUGCAAACUGAAAGGGAAUGAAGCACAGAGGCUGUGUGACUGAAGAAGACAGGCAGAUAAAGGUAGAAACCCGGUAUAAAGCAAUUCAAGAAGUUGUAAAUGAUAAAUACCAAGUGGAUUGACAAUACAAGUGUUAAUGCUUAAAAAGGAAGAGCAACUCUGGAAACCAAGUGGAUAUUAAAAUCUCUCAAGAAAUACGCAUGGAAAAUGGGGAAGUGCGUUCACGUUAAAACAUGAAAGGAUGUCACAACCAGUGUUCCUGCUGCUGUCAAUGCUGUUUGUUCAAGGAAGAGGGUGUAAUCCAUUUAUGGAUAAUCUUCUCAGCAACAUCGAAAAUGAAAUAGAACGUCACACAUUUCGUAAAGUUUUUCCCAAGGAUUAUAACAUCACGCACCAUUAUACUGACAGUCUGGACGUCAGUGACCCGUCAUGCCGUAUGCUCUGUAAGGCUUAUAUGCUGUCACAUUCCUGGUCCCAACUCCUUCUGCACCUUUGGGAAGAAAACUUAAAUUAUUUAUUCAUACAGCAACUGAAGGAAAGUCUAGACAAUAUUACUGAUGGGAGAUUCCCGGAAGUCCCAGAUCCCUCUGUUUUCCCUCCUGUGUCUUCCACCCCAGAAGCACUCCUUGCCUUCACCUCAACCUUUUUUUCCACAUGGUUGAAGCAACAAUGCACAUUUCCCAAGAAGCAAUGUGAGUUCCCUUUGCCCACAAGCUUCAAGGAAGAAGGAAAGACAGGUACCCAUACUUCGUUCACCAACACUGAAGACAGAGUGGAGGGAGGGAAACGACAACAGCAGAGUGGUGCACCCCCAACUAGUCUCGCAAUGUCUCCUCAUCUUCCAGUCUCUUACAUUUUUUGGUGUUUCCCUCUGCUCUGGACUGUACUAUAGACUAUAUAUUUCAUACCAACAGGGCAAAAAAAAAUCCUGCUUUUCCUUCUCUUUGGCACAGUUCAUUUUUGAAGACACAUUGUUCAUCUGCAGCCAAGAAAAAUGAACUUAGAAAUAACCAGGAAUUCAUGAAGCAAGAAGACAAACGGUAACACUCCCAUAAGUAAACAUACAAUUUUAUGAGAGUAGAAAGGUUGAAAUGCAUAUAUGUGGCUUCCAAUUUCAUAGUAAAACAUCACAUUCCAUUGCACAAACAUUUUUGAGUGGAAAUCCUUUACAGGAAUUGGGCUUUUAACCAGAAGUUUGCUACCAAGAUACUUGAGCCACAAAUGCGGCACUGUUGAUGAACCAUGAGCAAAUUGCUUAACCCAAGUUUCUCCAGAUAAUAUCAAUCUGUCUAACCCUAUAACAGUAUCUAUAUACUAGCCACAAUAUAUAUAUAUAUAUAUAUAUUGUGGCUAGACCAGGGAUCGAACCACUGACCUUGCGGUCAUGUCAUGUACCUUAACCACUACACUUCAGGCCGCCAAUCCAACACGUGGCUUCUAAUGAUGGGUACAGAGGUCUCAAACAAGAAUGUAGGGACAUUUGAGGGUAUGAUCAAGUACAGUAUACUAACUAAAAAUGUUUGGAAUUAUAAAUAUUGUUCUCAGCAUGUAUAAUUGUAUGUGAUUGAUACCUACAGUACAAAUUCAAGAGGGACAGAAGUGGAAGAAAUAUGGGUGAUAGAACAGUGUAAUGCAAGUCACAGGAGAUAAGGUAUCUGCUUAAAAUGUAAAAUAUAGUACAUAAUGUAUAAUAUUUUGUAUUUUUUUGUAUAUAUAAUAAUGAGCACUGCAGGACUACAAGGGACUGAUAUUGAUUGGGAGAUGAUUCAGUAUAUUGCAUACUGUCAGAAAUAGGAUAGGAGAUAGGAAACCUCUUAUUUUGGAAAUAUUUUAGAAAUGAAAGAAUGCAGAUUUUAUGACAUAAUUAACACAACUGCAAAAGUUCAGUUCAGAGUCCAAAAUGACACCAUAGAAUUCAGAGCAAACAAAGAGUGGUGACAUUGCAGACCAUACCCAACAACUGUGCAGUGAGUGCCCCAGUGACUUUCCCCUAAACCUGCAGCUUAAGGGAUGAGUUUGGAAUGCAACCUGUACAUCUUCCCUCUUUCAUACAUCCUCGCACAGUAAGAAGAUGCUAGACAGCAAGGUAAAUUUCUUGUUUUUGCUAUACACUGAAGGCGAUUGAGUUUGAGGUCAAUUUGUUUUGAGAUUUGUUAUACAACUUCACUAACUUCAAAACGUGACUGACGGGUUUUGCUUGUUGCCCAGAUGUGUCCUGUUUGAUUGAUUGGUUAAACAAUAAAUAGUUCUGAAUGUCUACUCCUGGUUUUAGCCUUGGUUUUUGCCUAUGAAGACUGCAUUUUCUGGGAGAAAACCAAAGUGAUGGAAAGCCCAAAGUGUGGAGAAAUAAAAAAUGCAUGCGCAUAUUUCAAUGUAAUGUGCAAAUAUAAAACCAGCAGCAUAUCUUGCUGUAAUAUAUCACUUGCUCUGUAGCAGGGCUGACCUUUGCAUGGGCGUAUUACAUUUUCAGAGCAGCUGGAAGAACUCCAGUUCUAACCCUACCAUCUGCUUUAUCAAUUCAGUGAGGCCCUUUCUUAUGGAGCUUGAGGCUGGUGCCUUGACGUAGAAGUUAUUGAACCCUUUCGUAUGCACCUUUUGCUCCUUCAUCCUCUAUGCUCAGAUUCAGGGUUAUGACAAGAUACUAUAUCCCCAUUUAGUGGUGUGCCAAGCACAGUAAUUCUCAUUUGCCAUUAUCAAUCACUGUGUCUGUCACUGAUUACUUCGUCUUUUCGAGUUCUUGAGUUUUAUUUAAAGCUCACAUCGCAGUUUUGCAUAAGACUACUGAAAUACUGAAAUGUAUUAAAAGAAUACCCUAUUAAAUGUAAUGUAUAAAAAUCUGCACUUUUACAAAUUGUGAAUUGAUUUAUUAAAAAUAAAAUAAUUGUGGGGUACAGAGCCUAAUCAAGAAAAAAUAUGUCUUUGUCCCUGGAUGUAUGGAGCUCACUGUAUAAUUAUGUAUGUUAAUACCAUUAAAUAAAAGCUGUCUUUA